UAUUUUUAUCAUGUAAUGCCUGUCGAGUCUCUCUCGAGAGAGAAUGGUAUCAUCCUCGCCCGUGGUUUUUAGAGUGCAGUAGUGCUUGGUUGGACUUACUUUUAGCAGUAGGACAGGAGGACGACGAGUUUAAAAAGAUUUUUCUCCAAUGCCAAGUUAAAAUAGUGGUAAAUUGACACAUCUGAUCCGCAUAUUGAGAGAGUGAGAGAGAGAGAUAAAUACAAAAAGUGUACAGUUUCUCAUCUCUCUCCUGAGAAAAAUAUUCAAGAAAGAGCAGAGAUCUGGCUGCCUCUUAUUACAUGUUCAGUAGUCUGAGGAUUAUAUUACGAUAAAUCAAUGUGAUGUGACUUAUUUUUUUUAUAGAGAAAUGAUGAAAAUUGAAUCGAAUUAUUAAUUAAAGUUAACCACCCGUUAAAAUAAAUAUCAAAAAGUAUUUGCACACGGAUUAAAUAAAGGCGACGAAAAAUUAUUGAUUUUGCUUCACAUAUGAUCACGAACGACGAUGAAUCACUCGUUGAAUAAAAAUGAUCUUGUUACACAAACUAAAACAACGUUAGUAGUGAAACAGGCUUCGGUCUGAUGUGCAGUUCAGUUCAGUUAGUUCGACUUUAAGAUCAAGAAGCAACAAUGAGUUUGACUACUAUGAAUUCGUGUCAAUAAAAUUUUACGGAAACGAUAAAUAAAUAAUAGUUUGUGAAUUAAGUGGUGUGUGUGGUCUUGAUUUUGACGACGAAUUUGUCCCAACGCUUUAAAAUCGAGAAGAAGUGCGAGUGAAAAGGAGAUGACUUGUCGGAGAUGGUUCCAUCCAAACAUUUCGGGCGUGGAGGCGGAGCGGUUGCUCUUGGAACGUGGGGUGGAGGGGUCAUUUCUCGCCAGACCGUCGCGCUCCUCCCCUGGCGACUUCACCCUAUCCGUUCGACGACAUGGGAUGGUCACUCACGUCAAAAUUCAAAAUACAGGGGACUUCUAUGACCUUUAUGGCGGAGAAAAAUUUGCAACAUUAUCCGAGUUAAUACAAUUUUAUACAGAAAAUCAAGGUCAACUAAGAGAAAAAAACGGGGAACCGAUUGAAUUAAAAUUUCCACUAUAUUGUGCCGAUCCAACUACGGAGCGUUGGUUUCAUGGCGAUAUAGGUGGAAAAGAAGCAGAAAAAGUAUUAACAGAAAAAGCAAAACCGGGGUCAUUUCUGGUUAGAGAAUCUCAAUCACAACCUGGACAUUUUGUCCUCUCCGUUCGUACGGACGACACAGUGACGCACGUCAAGAUUCGAUGCCAAGGAACGUUUGAUGUCGGAGGGGGAGAUAAAUUUGACUCGUUAAGUGACCUCGUUGAACAUUGUAAAAAAAAUCCAAUGGUGGACACGACAGGGACAAUUGUCCACUUGAAGCAGCCCCUGAACGCCACACGAAUCCCGGCUUCUGGAAUUGAAGUGCGAGUAAAAGAGUUGAAGAGGGCGGAUGGAAAAAAGGCCGGAUUUUGGGAAGAGUUUGAAUCUCUCCAGUCCAGUCCGGUCCAAUUUUGGUACAAUAAGAAGCGUGAUCGGAAUCAAUUAAACGCCCAGCAAGAAGUGAAGCACGUAUUUUCCCGGAAGGAAGGACAAAAGCCAAACAAUAGGAAUAAGAAUCGAUACAAGAAUAUUCUUCCGUUUGACCACACGCGAGUUCUGUUGAAGGAACCCUGGCCUCAUGACUAUAUUAAUGCGAACUACAUCGAGGUAAAUCCUGACGAUGAAAUAUUUGAAGGAUGUAAAAAGUGCUACAUAGCGACGCAGGGAUGUCUACCAUCAACCGUUGCAGAUUUCUGGUACAUGGUGUGGCAAGAAAACUCUAGAGUUAUUGUGAUGACCACAAAAGAAUUUGAACGGAGUAAAAGCAAAUGUGCCCAUUAUUGGCCAGACGAUGGAGAAAUUAAAGAAUACGAGGGGGGAUUUAAACUGCUCAUGCAAAAGGAGUCUUCCACUCCAGAUUUUACACUCAGGGAAUUUCUCAUGACUAGAAGCGGAGAAGAGCGUGUUAUUUACCAGUUCCAUUUUAUCGCAUGGCCUGACCACGGAGUCCCUGAUGAUCCAGGCUGCGUCCUCAACUUUUUAUCAGAAGUUAAUUUCCGACAGGAAAGUUUAGACGGUGCAGGCCCAAUUGUGGUACACUGUUCGGCCGGAAUUGGUCGAACUGGAACUUUCAUCGUCAUUGAUCUCAUUGUAGAUCAGAUUAAGAGAUGUGGCUUGCAUACCGAUAUCGAUAUUCGCCGUGGGAUUCAAAUGGUGCGAGCUCAAAGGUCGGGAAUGGUUCAAACUGAGGCGCAGUACAAAUUUAUCUAUUUGGCCCUUCUCCACUAUAUAGAUACCUUGUCCCACAAAAUACAAGCGCAGCAGAAGUGUUUGGAAGUCGGCCGUGAAUACACUAACAUUAAAUGGGGAGAAGGAAAAGACUUUCCAGUUAAAGAGACUGUCAGCAUUGGAUCCAACUCUAUGAAUAAUCUGGUCCCAUUAGGGAACAAUUAGCACCCGUGAAAAAGAUAGCUUUCUUUUCGGAAAUCAUCAACUUCAUUUCCAUCGUAUAAAAAAUUCGUGCUUGUCUUGAAUUGACUGAUGAUGAUGAAUGCGAUGGUGCAUGUCCUACCGCAUGCAGUGCACUAUAAAGAAUAGCAUUCUUUGUUCUUUACGUUGCAUGUGUUGUUUCGCCGUCCGCCAGCUCGUAAGAAUAAAUCUACAACUGUCAACUAAUUUACCAACCAUCAUUCAUCAACCAACCUUUCUACUAAUUGUUAUAGAUUAAGCACUCUGCUUAUUAAUAUGUAUGUACCUACAUACAUAAGUACUUCAUAAACAAUUUAGAAUUGAAGGCUGUGGAACAACCGAAAACUUUUCAACCCUAAUUGGACAUCACAUUUUCAACACUAUAAAUAUUUAAAACUAAAAACAGUGGCUUUUUUGUGAUUGUCUCACUUACGUGGAGAAAGGAAUGUGUUCUUUACUAAAAUACUGACGGAUAUAAAUAUAUGCUCUAAAUUAAUCACUACACACACACGCAUGCAAUGGGGAGCAUAUUAAUAGUGGCGAAAUCCGUAUUUAAAAUAUAAGUGUAUAAAAAAACAUCCAACGUGAACGUGAUGAAAUUAUGACUUGUUAUUAGAAUAUUAGAUUAUAAUACGAAAUGCAUAAUAGAACUGAUCAGAUGGAUAAUAAUUUUUAUUUUGGUCGCUGUUGUUGCGUAAAAAAUGUGAUUUUUCUUUGGUUAUUUGUACGUAAUAGAUACUUUAAAGUGAAAGCAUUAUUAUUGCAUAGAUGAAUGUUUGCUGGUUCAAAUUUACAUAAUUAUGAAGGAAAAGAAAUUGUUGAGCCUAAAAAAAUGUGCAUGUCCGAAAAAAGUGUCAGUACUACUUUAUAUAUAAUCGGCUUAAACUAUAAUUCUAGAGACUGUCAAGUUAAUAGCAUUUAUUAAUUAUUAUUGUAUUUGUAAUCGUUACUAUUGCUGUAAAAUAGUAGAUAAUAAUGUUUUUUAAAGUGUAUGCAUACACACUUUUUAACAAAAUGACAAUGUUCAAUCUACAUAAAUACGUUAUGUACUGCAUGCAAUGAAAUUUUAUUUUUUUCCAUAAUAUUUGAAGAAGUUUUAAUGUUAGUGUUUUUUUUUGUUUUGCAGUUUUGAUUUUGCAGAUUUUAAAAUGUUUUUUUUUGUCCUUAGUUAAGUUGUAGUUAUAGACAAAAAAACUUGAGUCUAACAAGAUGAUCUAGUCCCACCACCUCGAUAAUGUAAUUAAUUAUUUGUAUGUAAUUAGCUUAAUAAAUACAACAAACAAAAAUAUGUAUAUCAUUGCUAGCAAUGAUGAGUGCGGUACGUAUGAAAUAAAUAUGUUAACUUCCGCAUGAUGUGGAGAUUUCAAAAACA